UACCCGUUUCAGUCAUAGCCUUUUGUAGUAGGCGAGCAGGCUCGGCUAGCUAUACCAGAAAACGGGGGCCUCUUGUCAUUUGUGAAAAGAUUCAAAACCGAGGUGUAGUUAGCGGAGAGCCCACUUCGAAAGCCAAGCAGUGGACGAUUAACACCCAGUGGGAAGCCUCCUACUCCUCAUCACUCUUCCCCAUUUCCCCCUUUGCUUCUCUGAGUCUGAGAGAAAGAAAGAUAGAGGUAGACACUGACGGAGUUGGUUGGUAGAUCCACUGGCUGAAUUGUCGAAGUCUUAUUCCUGCCUUUUUGCACUCGGUGAAUAUCUUCAGUGCCUCUGCUCACAACCAUCUCACAGGAUUCUUACGGUUGUCACCCUUCCCUAUUGUCACAGGACAGAGGGUUGUUGCAAGAAUCACCGGUAUCAUCUCGAAUCCGAAGAGCUCGGGGCAACAUGAACGGGCCUGUCGGAGACGACACAGACGUGGUGGUGGAUACGGGAGCUGGACGAGCCAGUCGACACAUCGACAACAAGGACAUAUCAAACCACCGAUCAGGAGAGAUGUACGCAGGUACUGAUGGACCGGACCGGAAGAAAGGUCACCAGAACGGUCAUGCUAACCCGGUCAGCAACGGACCAAACUCCCCACAGAGUCCAGCGGCCCAAAUGAACUUUGAAAACGAGGUUGGAGAGACCCCAUUACAGCGUGUGCAGUUCUUGUUGGGUGGUGAUGGAGAGGGUCGUCAGAAGGACACUCCACCAGUCUACUCUGAAAUGGAAGAGUUGUUUUAUGAUAAAGAGGGUCGUUUACUCGAAUGGAAAGAAACUGCAAGAUGGGUGAAGUACGAGGAGAACGUCGAGCACGGGGCCGGCCGUUGGAGUAAGCCUCACGUCGCCACCCUAUCCCUUCACAGUCUCUUCGAGCUCAGGAAGUUCAUCAGGAACGGUGGGGUCCAACUCGACAUGGUGGCAGACGAUCUGGAACAAAUCAUUGAUCUCGCACUGGACAACCUGGUUGCCACAAACGUCUUGGAGGAGGACCAGCGAAUCAUCGCUCGCGAAGCUCUCCUUACCCGUCAUCGUCACCACAAACAGAAGAAGAAGAAGGAGCCCGAAAACAAAGCCUACAACAAAGGUCGCAGAAAAAGCAGCAUGUUCCCGGGUAUGGACCGCGCCAUGUCCGAUAUCGGCCGCAGCCAAUCCACCGGAAACAACACAGUCAGCAUGGAACAAGAAGCACAAGAAAAGGAUGGAGAGAUGAGGAAAAACUCAAGCGCCAAUGCUCUGUCGAAGAUGCCCGAUGGCGCCCGAACCGAGAGCCGAGGGUCUGUCGGCAGAGUCGGCACAUCGGACAGCCUCGAUCAGAAGGAGAAAGAGGUUAAGAAUGAGAAGGCGAAGUUCCUUCGUAAGAUCCCAGCUGGUGCCGAGGCUUCCAAUGUACUCGUGGGCGAAGUCGACUUCGUUGAGAAGCCCAUGGUCGCCUUCAUCCGCCUCAACGAAGGCAAGGUGUUAUCGGAGAUUACCGAAGUGCCCAUCCCGACCCGUUUCGUCUUCCUACUGCUCGGGCCACCUACAACUGACAAGAAGAAGUACCGUGAAAUCGGUCGUUGCAUGGCAACCCUUAUGACAGACGAUGUCUUCCACGAAGUGGCCUACAAAGCAAGAGACAGGGAAGAUCUGCUAGCUGGUCUGGAUGAGUUCUUAGAACAGGUCACUGUACUUCCUCCAGGUACCUGGGAUCCUAACAUCCGUAUCGAGCCUCCCAAGCAGACACUAUCCUCUGAAAUGAGGAGACAAUCUCAGCACUUCACCCAUCCAAUCGACAUCAUCAAGGAAGAAGAAGAAGACAAGGUCGAGCUAGCAAGAACAGGAAGACUAUUCGGUGGUCUCAUCAACGACAUCAAGAAGAAAGCACCCUUCUACUGGAGCGAAUAUUACCACGCCCUCAACAUACAAUGUUUGGCCUCCUUCGUCUUCAUGUACAUCGCCUGCAUCACUCCCAUCAUCACCUUUGGUGGGUUGCUAGGCGAUGCCACCGAGGACUAUAUCGCGGCCUUUGAGAGUUUGAUUGGAGCGGCUAUCUGUGGAGUUGUCUAUCAUAUCUUCUCUGGUCAACCUCUCACGAUUAUUGGUAGUACGGGACCCAUCCUCAUCUUUGAAACCAUCAUGUACCAACUCUGCGGAUCGUUUGGGAUUGAUUACAUCUCGUUCCGUGUUUGGAUCGGGUUCUGGACCUGUGUUAUCUGUAUCGUGUUGGUUGCUACGGACGCUAGUGCCUUGGUUCGUUACUUCACCCGAUUCACCGAAGAAGCCUUCUCUUCUCUCAUAUCCUUCAUCUUCAUUGUGGAGGCCUUUGAGAACCUGUUUGAGAUCAGCCACGAGUACCCAAUCAAGACUCAUGUGAAACUGGGCGAGUACUUCGAAGAGCACUCCACGAACGUUACCGACAUGUGCAUGUGCGAGUACGAGAACGAGACCAUCGAUCCCGCCAUGUACAACUGGACAGAAAAACUCACCGAGGAGGACUGCAAGACCGUCAACGGGACCCUUGUCGGAGACUGUGAAACCCAUCACGAAGCUGUCCCGGAUGUGUUCUUGUUCUCUUGCGCCCUCUUCUUUGGCACCUUCGUCCUCUCCUACGCCCUCAAGAACUUCCGCAACGCCAACUUCUUCCCCACCAAGGUUCGCUACAUCAUCAGUGACUUUGGAGUCUUCAUGGCUUUCCUGGCUAUGACUGGAAUUGAUAUCUGGGUCGGCAUCCCCACCCCCAAGCUCACUGUACCAGAUACAUUCAGGCCUACCCGCGCAGACCGUGGAUGGGUCAUCCCUCUCUUCAACAACCCAUGGUGGACUUACUUCGCAGCCAUCGUCCCGGCCCUUCUCUGUUCCAUCCUCAUCUUCAUGGACCAACAGAUCACUGCCGUCAUCGUCAACCGUCGAGAGAACAAACUUAAGAAAGGAUUCGGCUACCAUCUCGAUCUGCUCGUCAUCGCCAUCCUCCUCUUCGUCAUGUCCGUGCUUGGUAUGCCCUGGUUCGUCGCCGCUACCGUUCUCUCCAUCAACCACGUCGACAGCUUGCGUGUCAUGUCCGAUACCACCAUCCCCGGAGAACCCCCUAAGGUCGUAGGAUGCAGGGAGCAGCGUAUUACAGGUAUCCUUGUGUUUGCCAUGAUCGGUAUAUCCAGUCUGCUGACUUCAGUUCUUAAGUUCAUCCCCAUGCCCGUACUCUUUGGUGUCUUCUUGUAUAUGGGUAUCUCAUCUCUGCGUGGCGUACAGUUCGUGGACCGUAUGAUGUUGUACCUGAUCCCAGCCAAACAUCAGCCUGACUAUGUCUAUCUGCGUCAUGUCAAGCUAUGGAGGGUCCAUCUCUUCACACUGGUCCAACUCACCUGCCUGGUCCUGCUCUGGCUCAUCAAGACAUCCAAGGCUUCCAUCGUCUUCCCUCUCAUGGUAUUGGCUGUUGUGUUUGUUCGUAAACUCCUGGAAUUCGUCUUCACUCAAUACGAACUGAAUGUACUUGAUGACGUCAUCCCUGAGAGUCAGAAGCGCGCCAAGGAUGAUGAGGAAAAACAUCUCGAGGAUCAACGCGAGCAGGUGACCCGUGCUCGUACCGGUACACUCACCAUCGCUCUGGAGAGCGGUCAGACACUGACCGUGCCCGCGGAGAAGGUCACGUACAACCCACGUGACUCGGAACCGAACUCUGACUUUGAGACGGCCAAGGCACUCAGCAAGCUCAGCGGAUCACCGCUACCAACGGUUCGCAACCGUCGCGCGGCGUCUAAAACAAUCAAGGAUCCUGAAGCGAAUCCGGGAGCGAACACCGAAGAAGGAAUCGACCUCCCCAGUGGUACCGGUACCUCAAGUUUCGGUGUUCAGGCUGACAUGGACGAUACGCGAUUUUAAAGAAAGAGAGACAUAACAAAAAUCCCUGCUGAAAUGGAGGUGCUUUCAAGUUUGUUGUUGACUAUUCUCUGGUGUUAACCUGAAAUCCACGGUUUAAAAGAUCGUGUUAGAAUGUACUUCUGGAUUCACAUGUUGGCUUUGGUAUUUGGUGUAAUAUAGAUGCCCCAACACCCCCCCCCCCCCCCUCCCCACAAGAAAAGUAAAAACAUAGGUUGAUCUAACACCAAAGUUCUUGGUCUACAUUUGGCUACAUUUGAUGAUAACACCAUCCAAAAUUCUUUUCAAUUUUCAUCUCAAUACCGACUAAAUCCUAGCAAUCUAGCAAGAUGGCAGACUGUUGUGUGUUGUUCAAUUUGAUUUUACACCAGACUUCAGGAAAAAAACACCCUACUUGAAAUCACCCUAAAUAUGAUUACAUUAAUCAUAUCCUGAUCAAUGCGAGUUCUCCAGAAGUCGAAGGAUAAUAACGACUAUCAAAGUCGAUUGGAUUUGAAUUAGAUUAAUCAAUAAAUGGUAUAUUCUUUUCUUCCGGAUUAUCUCGUUGAAAAAAAUAGCAUAUCAAGUGCAGUAUCAUGUGUUUCGUGAUUUUGUAUUCUUAUUUGAAUUCACAAAUUAAUUGAAUUUCACACUAUUUCGGCUUCCAUGUUAAUCAAAUAUUGUAUUCAUUUUAAUUUCAUUUCACUCGUGUGUGAAAUCAUAUUUAUCGCCACUUCGCUAUAUCAGAAAAAAAAGAAGCAUUUAUUGAAUUUGGAAACGGUAUUCAUGUGGUUAUACUACUAUGGCGUUUAGUUUGUUUUAGAUAUUCGAAAUGACAUGAAAUAUGGUGUGUGCUUUGUGCGUAGAUAUCCGUUUUGUGAAAUAAUUAUAUUUGCCUUUCUCUCAAUUCAUAUGACGUAUAACGGAUGAAAUUUUAAAUUUGUUAACGAGUCACUAACUUCUCUGCGCGAUCUUCAUGUUCAUGUUUUUCUCGUGUAAAUAUUCACCAGCACAAAAUAAAAAUGUCAAGAACAAAAUUUCACGCCGUGAUACUAUGCAAAAAGAUGACAUUGUAUGUAUAAUGAAAUUUAAUGAAUUCACGUGUGUAUUGAGUCUUUCUUAUGAUUAGUCUUUCAAAGCAAUUUAAAACAAAUUCAAUAAUGAAUGCAAUGCUAUAUUUUUCUAUUUCUAUUUGAUGAUUUUGUGAGUUACGAAACAUAAAUGCCAAUGUCUUUCUGAAGAUUUGUUUUAGAAUUGUCCAUGAUUAAAACAUUCAUUCCAAUACACUACUUGAAUACUUUAAAUACAUGUAACAUUCAUCUUCCAUAGUGAUUUUAAGGUGCUGAGUACAAUAAAUGUUUUAUUUUGCAAUAUUUUGAAUAAAAUGUGCUGCAGUAAACCAGAAUUGAAUCAUGAAUUGAUUUUCAACAAAUAAUGCACUUCAGAGCAGUUGCAAUUGUAAUUAUAGAAUGAUAAAAGCGGAAUAAUUUAAUUUGUAUUAGAUAGCUUUACCGUUUUUAAUGAUCAUUAACGUUUUUAACUUAUUUCUCUCAUUAAUCUUGUUGGCCCAUACCCAUUAAUGUCAUUAUUUGCUUUUACUGUCGAAGUAUAUUUUCUAUUUGCUCGGUGAUAUUAUUUUAGUAGUAUACCGUAUGGUUUUAGCUGUCUUGAAAUAUUCGCUUUUUACCCAUGUUUUCUAUGUUUACCAAUAAUGUUUGCUUUAUCGAGAAAAUUACACUUCCAAUAAGUGCCUUGUUUAUGAUUUUUGUAGAUAUUUUAUCGAACGAAAUCAAAAUUCUUAAAAGUGAAAUUGACCUCAUGGUCCUAAAAGUAAAAUUGAAAUCAUUAGAAAUAUAUAUUUGUUCUCUUAUACGUAAAUAUGUAUGUUGCAUUGUAUACAUUUGAGAUGAUAGUAUGGCUAAAAGUGGUAUUCAUGGAACUUUUUAGAGUAACUGAUUGUUUGAUGGUAAACCGAUUUUAAGAUGAAAUAAUAUUUGGUCCUGCAUCGCUCAUUUUAAGGUUAUGUAUAUGCACUGUUGAUAAAUGUAUGUUUCUUUUUUUAUUACUAAAUGUAUUUGAACGCUCAAAGAUACCUUAAUUUCUGUAAUGAAUAUCGUGAUGUUUGAGAGUGUGACCGUAAGCUAAAUUAGUGUUAACAUUAAAGUAUUGGAAACGGUGAAUGGAGAUAAAUAUGUGAAGAUUAAAUGAAAUAAAAAAACAUUUUAAGAGAUUAUUUUACCUUUUUUUGGUACAAAAUAUUUGUAUUAUAGCAAAAAGCAAGCGAUGGAAUGUUGAGGGGUAGGUGUUACGCAGUAAAUUGCUGGAUGCGAAUAUCAGCAAUUUUAAAUGUGUUUAGUGACAUUUCUUAACUUUUUUUUUUACUAUUCUAUAAUUGUACACAGUCCACACCUCUCACGUUAUAGUGAACAAUUUGAUGCAUGUUGAAAUAAUGUAACAUAAUUCCGUUAUUACAAAACUUUACGUUUUUCUGGCGCCGCAAAGGGGAUAUCAAGGUGGAGCUUUGAAUUUGAGUGGUAAGUGGUAUAUGUUUGGCGCUUAUGUCGUAAGCGGGCUUACAGUAAAAAGACAACCCCUGGUCUUCUUUGUAUUCUUGUACGAUUAGUGAGUCUUUAUUUUUACAGCAAUUAAAGAGGCAUUGAUAAAACAAAA